AUGUCGCAACUUCAUUUAAAAGAAAGUGACACUUUCAACGAUGAUGUGGGAAGAAACAGCGACGAUUCAAAGCCCAUCAAUGCGAAUACUCUAUUCGAUAGCAGCUCGGAACCGAUGGCAGACAUUGAGAAAUCAGCCGCAGAGGAUACUCAUGCUACGAAUACAGACAAACAUCGAUUUCCAGAAACAAAUCUCAGCGAAGGCAUCGUUGGAUGGGAUGGGCAAGAUGACCCUGAGAACCCCCAAAACUUUCCCUCAAGUCGCAAAUGGGGGUUGUUGGCGUUGAUGGCUGGCAUCACUUUCGUCUCGCCGCUCGCGUCAAGUAUGCUGUCGCCCGCUAUUGGAUACGUCGGAGCCGACUUCGGGGUCUCCAACGAGGCUAUACUUUCCCUUACCGUGAGCAUCUAUUUGCUGGGCUACUCAUUUGGCCCCCUCUUACUAGCGCCUCUAAGCGAGAUCUACGGUCGUCGAAUAGUCCUUAGUUGUGCAAACUGGUUUUUUGUUAUAUGGCAGAUUGGAUGUGCCAAAGCCCCGAAUAUUGCAAGUCUGAUUGUGUUCCGGCUGCUCUGUGGUGUGGGCGGUUCUGGCUGUUUGACUCUAGGAGCCGGCGUGAUCGCCGACCUGUUCCCCAUUGAGAGCCGUGGCUUUGCAACGUCUCUCUGGAGUAUGGGGCCUUUGCUAGGCCCUGUUGUCGGACCAAUUUGUGGAGGAUUCAUUAGCGAGACUGUGGGCUGGCGUUGGGUGUUUUGGGUUCUCCUGAUAGUUGGAGGGAUCACCUCCGCUGGCAUUGAGAUGCUCAAUCGCGAGACUUACGCCCCUGUUCUCAUUGAAUGGAAAAGUAGGCGCCUCGCAAAGGAGCUUGGAAGAGACGAUCUCCACAGUGUUUAUACAAGGGCUGGAGCCGAUGGGUCAACUUUGUCAAAGCUAAGAACAGGUAUGGUACGACCGAUUCUGUUGUUCUGCAAAUCUCCCAUCGUCUUUCUCCUUUCAACAUAUCUGGCUCUUGAGUAUGGACUGCUCUAUCUCUUCUUCACUACAAUUCCUUCCGUGUUCAAAGACAAGUAUGGCUUCUCAACCGGGUUAUCGGGUUUGGCCUAUCUGGGAAUUGGCAUCGGCUUCAUGGGUGGAUUGGUAUUGACGGCCCUCACCAACGAUCGGAUCAUGGCAAAAAUGGCGCAGCGCAACGGCGGAAAAUUUGAACCGGAGAUGAGGCUGCCCAUGAUGAUUUUCUACGCCGCAUUUUGUCCCAUCAGCUUCUUCUGGUACGGUUGGACGACCGAUAAAGGUGUUCAUUGGAUUGUCCCAAUCAUCGGCAUGGUACCGUUUGGCUUCGCUCAUGCGGCAUCAGGCAGUGCAGUCCUUGUCGCCUCUCGAUCUCUAUUAGGCGCUCUGCUACCGCUUGCCGGCCCAAGGCUCUUCGCAUCACUCGGCCUGGGAUGGGGAAAUUCCUUGCUAGGCUUCAUUUCACUGGCAUUCAUUCCCGUUCCCAUUUUAUUCUCCAGAUACGGAAGAGCCAUCCGGGAGAGAUAUCCAGUGCAUCUCUAA